CGGAAUUUCUCCCAUCGAAGGUGUGUGGGGAGGGAAGCGCGGCAGCCAGGUCGUGGCAGUUGUUAUACUUAAUGGAGUGAGGUCAAAUGAUCAGAAAAGGCGGCUGUAGACAUCGACAAUAAUAUUGCAUGGCAAAGAAAGCCUCAACCGAUCGUCAGAUGAAGCUGGCUGAAAAGCCCGUGCUCCGUCGACAUCUCCACGGACUGACCAUGGACAUGGAUGUACGGACCGAAAGGUCUUCGAAGUCUAGAAGGACAGGGCUGGAUCCCACUUCACGAGAGCCGCAAUUGACUCUUUCGCGGAAACCCAUGUUUCGUCAACGUUCAAAUCAUCGUUGCAUCAUUGACAAGCACCUAUCCUCCGUAACCAAGUGGGACACUCACAGUAACGGCCUACACAACCGUCCCACAGCAUCACAGUACCCAAAACACCGUGCUCGCAACAGCCACGCUCGGGUAACAAAACUCGCUAAUCCAAGCGGACAUUACCGUCUCCCCACAGUUCAUACACGCCCAUAUACCGCAAGAUCCCAUCCAAACUGAGAGCAACCACGGCUGACGCAACCCAACAUGUAACGAUUGAGCGCCAGCCAAACGAUGCGAGUCGGAAGAGGGCGUUCACAUCAACAACGGGCAAGAUUCCCUAAUUGUCAAGACACGCGGAUUCGGAUAUACAUUGCCGCUCAUCGGCAGACGUGAUCGGUCACUGGGAGUGAUCCCCCCGAAGUACCAUGGAUGUACCCCC